GAACCCGGGACUCGUGUCCAUCCACCGCAGCUGAUUUCCCGUGUACUUGGCAGGCAAAGUGGAGGGUCCUUACAACAAAAUGGUGCAGACACCUGACGGGCAAAUGUCCGUUAGCGAGAGCCCUAACCGCGGCGCUGCAGGUAGUGGCAGCGGUAGCGGCGCCGGAGGAGCAUUAGGAGUAGGGGGCUCUGCUACAGGAUCCGCAACCACAGCGCCAGGUCCGGACCCAGAAGUUCUGUCAGAGCGACUGAUGGACGACAAAGUCGAUGUCCGAACAAAGUUGCAGGUCGUCGUCGAAGUCAAAGAAAUGCUGGAAAUGUUCCAUUCCGUCGACUAUGGCAGGUUCCUCAAGAGUUUUAUUCCUGCAUAUACAAAAUUGUUAGAGAAUGUACCAUGUGCAUUUAGCACAGAUGCAACCGAGCAGCGACUGCGACAUACCGUGCUCGAGACGAUCCAGCGGCUACCCCAGCACGAGCUCGUCAAGGAAUAUGCAGAGCAGGUCAUGAAGUGCAUGAUGGUCACACUUCAAAACGACAAUGAGGACAAUGCCGUGACCGCACUCAAGAUCAUCAUAGACUUGCAUCGCAGCUACAAGCAGGUGCUAGGGGAGCACGUCCAGCCUUUCCUGGAUCUGGUGCAAACAUUCUAUAAGGGGAUGGGAAAGACAGUGCAAGAAAGCUUUGGAGAUGAAGUGGGGGAGGACGCCAACAUGCAGGCGCCAGGGCCAUCGUCCGAUGCAGCCAGUGCCAGCGGCUCAACACCCGGUCCCGCAAAUGAUGCAGCACUGGGCGGCCCGCCCGGCCCGAAAACGCUGCUCAAGUCGACUUCGUCCUUCAAAGUGUUGACAGAAUGCCCCAUAGCCAUUGUUCUCAUCUUCCAAUCUUACCGACAAGUUGUCGCCCAGGCAAUCGGAAUAUUUGUUCCGCUCGUUGUUGAGCACUGCCUCCAUCACCAAGCCAAACCCCAAGCGGAUGCACACGCAGCUGCAGCUGCCAAAGGAGAAAUAUUUGUCGGUGUCGCGCCUAGCAUCAAGAAGCGUGCACUGUACUCGGACAUGAUCGUGGCGCAAGUCAAAGCGAUGAGCUUCAUCGCCUAUGUCCUCAGAGGGACAAUGCCGGUCGUCAAGCCGUACGCGCAGACUCUGCCCGAUAUAAGCGUCCGAUUACUGAAGGAUUGCCCACCGGAAGCGGCGAGCACCCGGAAGGAGCUGCUUGUAGCCACGCGCCAUGUCUUGUCCACCGACUACAGGCAGUACUUUAUCCACCAGAUCGACACAUUGCUCGACGAGCGCGUUCUCCUCGGCACUGGUAUCUCUUCCUACGAGACUCAGCGGCCGCUUGCCAUUUCCAUGCUUGCCGAUCUAGUGCACCAUGUACGUGCCGAGCUCAAGCCUGCGCAGCUCGUGCGUGUCAUCGAAGCCCACGCCACAGUCCUACACGACCCCAGUCUCGCACCCAGUAUACAGACGAUGUGCGUCAAGCUGCUACUCAACCUAGUCGAGACGAUCGUCAACAAGACUACGGAGACGGGCGACGCACCAAGAUUGUUGCACGCUAUCCUUGAAACGUUUGUUGAGAAACUCGCAGGUCUAUCGAGAUUAAGGGAGGAUCUGGAUCUAUCGAGAGCGAUGCGCAAAGAGCAGGCUCUGCAACAACAACAGCACAAGGACGAACAAGAUAAAACGGCAGCGAUGCAAAGGCAAGGCGCGCAACCCGAAGGAAAGGGAAAGGAGAAAGAGCGGAAGAAUGCAGAAAAGACAGGAGAGGAAUUGACGGGUGCAAGCAAGGCUGUGGAACCAACAAGCAAGAAUCCGCUCAACGCUAUCGCGUUUGAACGCGCCAAGCCAAUUCAAGCAGCGGCGAUGAUGAUCGAUCUGCUCUCCGAUCCUCUCAAAGACGCCCGCUUCCUGUUCCGCAACGUCAUGAUCGGGGUCAAGACACUCAUUCCCGUGCUCAAGCACCGCGCACGUGUCGAGCUCAAUGGCGAGCUUAUCAGCCGCCUCUUUGUCGAUGGCGUUCGGUGCUGGUCGCUACAUGAUGGAAGGGACGGAAAAGAAGAGAGGGAACUGAUGGAGGUCUUCACGAGCAUCUUCAUCGAGCUUGAGCCGCAAGUGUUCCACGAAGUCUUUUCGACACAUCUUGGCUUCCUUUUCGAUCAGAUCCUCAUCACGCCUUCGCUGCUCGGCAUCCCCCAGAGCUUGCUCAGCAACGAGCUGACUUCCAAGCGCUUUGUUUCGGUCCUCCUUCGCUUUGUGAUCGACCGUCUGGAUCAAGUCGGCACGACGGAUAAAAAGUACGCAAGCGUCAGCCUACGCCUCUUCAAGAUGGCGUUCAUGGCUGUGACCAUCUUCCCCGAGGAGAAUGAGGUGAUGCUACAACCGCAUCUCAGCCAUCUGAUCAUGACCUCCAUGAAGCUUGCGAGUCGUGCCCCUGAGCCGACCAAUUACUUCCUUCUGCUUCGCGCCCUCUUCCGGUCGAUAGGUGGCGGUCGCUUCGAACUGCUCUACAAAGAUGUACUGCCGCUUUUGCCAGUUCUCCUCGAAAGCCUCAACAAUCUCUUGCAGGCUGCUGAGCCAUCGAAGCGCGAGAUCUUCGUCGACCUGUGCCUCACGGUGCCCGUGCGCUUGUCUGUGCUGCUGCCAUAUCUGGGGUACCUCAUGCGUCCUCUGGUUCUGGCGCUGCUGUCGUCGACGGAGCUUGUCUCACAAGGUCUGCGCACGCUCGAGCUUUGCAUAGACAAUCUCACACCUGAAUUCCUGGACCCUAUCAUGGCACCGCACGCCCAUGAUCUCAUGAACGCGCUGUGGAAACACCUUCAACCUCUUCCGCACAAUCAUCAGCACUCGCACACUACCAUGCGAAUACUGGGCAAGAUGGGCGGCCGAAAUCGCAAGAUGCUACAGGCAGCGCCAAAGUUGCAAUACCAUAGCAAUCCCAGCAAGAUGCGCACGCUCACCAUCCACUUUGAUGGCAGCGCCCAAAAGGUGCCGUGGGCGCCAAUACUCGACCUUGCACUGGAAAAUAUUCGCACAGGCGAUGCAUAUCACAAGAAGCAUGCGUUUGAAGCGCUCAAGUGCGCUGCUGCUGCCAUCGUAGAUGAUCCGACGACCGAACGUGACCGCGAAGAAACUUUGGAGCGCGUCGUGAAGGGCCUGUUCCAGGCUACGCUUUUGGAGGAUGUCAGAGUGGAAGCUGAGGAAUUCAUUUUCAGCCUGUGUCGUCACAUUUUCGUUCUCGAGGCAGAACGACCCUUCCCAUCGACGUUGCUGCCGUCGCCGAGGCAGCUGAUUCCGCUGGUGGCAUCUCUGCUUGAAGGGCUCGUAAUAGCUCUAGCACAUGCCGAUCCUUCUGAACUUACGCAUUACGCUGAACUUCAGCUCAAAAUUAUCUUCGCGGCCAAGGAAACAAUUGAGAAGCACCAGAAGCCAAACUCUCCCCGAGGAGACCUGUGGGCAAUCAUGAUGCAUGCGCUCGCCAGUCGCUACUGCACCCAGUGUUACAACCAACUGUGGUCGCGCAAGACGGGGGGUUGGGUUGGCAUUGACAUGCUCGUGCGCAAGGCGAAUUUGGGCAGCAUCUGGGUGCGGGAACACCAGUUGGAGAUCAUCAGGGCCUUGCUGUUCAUGCUCAAGGAUAUGCCAGGUGAUCCGCCUGGCAACAGUGACGAUGUAGGAGACACCCUGGUCCACGUCCUUGAGAUUGCAAAUGCGCGCCAAAAAUCGCUCGAAGACACGGAGGUGAGCGCAGAUGCAGAUGCGAUGGAGGUGGAAGCGAGCACUGGAACGGCGGAUAUACCACCUGCAGAGGUGGCGAAGACCGAUGGGAAGAGUGCCAACUCAGAAUCUGGCCCAGUUUCGAAAGCUGAUAAGAAGCCGGAGGACGGGAAGAAAGACGAUGCAUCGCAGCCUGACAACGACAAAGAAGACGAAGACACAAAGAAAGGAAAAGAGCAUGUGGCACAGCGAAAAGGCGAGCCGUUGAAAGAUGGCAACAUCGAAAUGGCUGAUGGCAUGAAAAAGGAAAAAGAUGGAAGUGCAAGCAUAGGCAAUGCAUCUGCGAGCCAGACAAGCGCGCCCGCAUCGACUCCUCAAGUACCACUAGCGAAGAGGCCGCUGACGGCUGAAGAGCAAGAGAAAAUUCUGGUCGAGCGCCAAUUCUCUUUCCUCGUUGGUAUCCUCGUGCAAGAGCUCUCUUCGGCUAAUGAGCUGGUGCGGACGGUCACACAACGCGCCUUCCGACUACUCGCCAAAGUCAGAGGAUGCAGUGCAACGGACAUCCUGGCGCCUGUCAGAGACCGUCUUUUGGGUCCAAUCUUCUCCAAGCCACUUCGUGCUCUCCCAUUCGGGAUGCAAAUCGGCCACAUUGAUGCGAUUACGUUCUGCCUACAACUUGAUCCGCCGUUGCCAGAGUUCAAUGAGGAGCUCUACCGUGUCUUGACCGAGGCGCUGGCACUUGCAGAUGCGGAGGACGCGGCCCUUAUCGGGCGCACGAGCCAGUACAAGAACAUGCUGGCCGUCACCAAUUUACGGGUCGCAUCGAUACGACUAUUGUCCUCCGCUCUCGCCUGCAAUGACUUUUUGACCACAAAGCAGGCUCAGAUGCGCAUGAAGAUCAUCUCAGUGUACUUCAAGAGUCUCUACUCUCGGUCAGAGGCAGUCGUGGAGGUCGCCCAUGCUGCACUGAAAAGUACUCUGCAAAGCCAGUCAAAGCUUCCGAAAGACGUUUUGCAAAGUGGAUUGCGCCCAAUUCUGAUGACCUUGGCGGAUCCAUCGCGUCUCACAACCGCUGGCCUCGAUGGUCUCGCCCGUCUCCUGGAGCUUCUCACAUCCUAUUUCAAAGUUGAGAUCGGUACCAAGCUGCUUUCGCAUAUGGCAACCAUUGCAGAUCCGGCGGUUCUGGAGAGAGCAAGCGCUGGUGCUUUGGAAGCUCCUCAAUAUGUGGACGCGCAUCACCUUCUUCGAGUGGAAAAGCGGGAAUCCGAACCAAUCGAGAUUCUAGCAGCAAUCACACGGAUCUUCCAUCUGCUGCCCGCCACUGCCUUCAUGUACAUGGAGAAGCUUACAGAGGAAGUCUGCAAGAUCGAGAGCAAGAUUCGAAGAGUUGGCCCGACUCCUUUUACCAAGCCGCUUACGCAGUUCUUCGAGAAGUUCCCGGUACAAGCUGUCCAGCACCUGUUCAGUCGCAUCAACGAUCCGGCACACGUGAGAUGCUUCAAGCUCGCCUUGUCCACCGACUUUGCUGUACGUCUUCGGGCCGAGGUCGUCAACACCAAAGAAAAGUACUUGCGUCCGUUGUUUGGGGAAGAUGCGGAUGCAGGCAAGGUCAUUGUAGCCCUUCAGCUCAUUCAACAGCUUAUCAAGGUUGAUCCAGCUUGGCUGAUAAAGAAUGAGGAUGUUCAAAAAGCCGUGCUCAGACAUUGGAUAUCGGCACCAUGUGCGCGAAGGCGUAGACACGAGACACUCACAGGCGACAGGCGGAGCAAAGAGUCGGUUCUCUUGAUCGACGUUCUGUGCUCUUACCUCAAGGAGAAGCACGAUCUCGACACCUACUUCGCUUUGACUGAUGUCUUUACAUACAAAAACGCUUACGACCUCACACCUUUGACGCGCUUCCUCUACGAACGAUUCGCCAAUUCGGACGACACUAGCUUCAAGCGCGAUGCGUUGCUGCGUUUCCUGCAAGUGUUCGAGUCCAAGGGCGUCAGUCAAGUAUACAAAACUCAGACACUUCGCACGCUCAUCAAUCCUAUGCUACUUGCCACUCUGCGACCAUCUGAUGCUCGCGCCGCGGAACAAAGCGAGGACACAGUGGAUACGUCAAAGGCUGAGGAGGAAGCUCUCAUCAAUCAAGCUGUUAUGUCUCAGAUCUUGAAUCGAGUCUGGCGGUUAUUCCAAAGCGGCCCUGUCGUCCCAGACAUCUGCUAUGACGAUGCGUUGCGCAUUGAACUUUUGCACAUGUCCACCACCAUUCUAGGCAAUGCAUCGCACCUGCUCGGAUCACAGGGGAAUGCAAGAAAGGACACCAUCAAAUUUGGAUGGGCGAACAUCAGCUCAGAGGAUUUGAUGGUCAAAAAUGCAGCCUACAUUUUCAUCUCUAAGUUUAUCGAGUCCUUCGAAAGUCCACUCAAGAUCGUCGGCCAGGUCUACAUUGGGCUCUUGCGAUCACAUCAAUCAGAAGGCAGGGCCAUGGUCAGGCGUGCACUCGACAUCCUUGUGCCUGCGUUGCCAAAGCGGGUCGGCACAGCCGAUGGAGGACAGCCGCCACAGUGGGCAAAGUGGACCAAGCGCAUCCUCACAGAAGAGGGACACAAUUCUUCGCAGCUUUUCCUCCUCCUUCAGCUCAUCGUCCGCCAUUCCAAUUUGUUUUAUUCUAGCCGAGAGAUCUUCCUACCUUAUGUGGUCAACAACCUUGCUAAAUUGGGGCUCGCUGCGACAGCAAGUCAAGAAUCACGUCUGCUUACCAUUGAGUUAGUAGACGUCAUUAUAACCUGGCAAAGCAAAAGAGACGAGGCCGUCGAGGCCGUGCAUGAAGGUCGCGAAAAGCCCAUCUCCGAUGAGAGUGCGUCUCGAAAGCGCUCGGAAGAUCCAGAAGAGGGUGGCGGGCCGCGCAAGAAGACUAAGCUCUCAAGGACUGGCGCAGCUGGACAGGUGACGUGGCCUCUCCUUGGCGAGCAUGCGUACAGCAUCCCCAAUAAUCUUCGCGAGAUGAUUGUUGGUUUCCUUGUUCGUUUCAUUUCGAUUUCCGCGGAACCAAUCGCUCGCGGGGGCGUCAUCGCAAAGGCGUUCACUCUCUUUAAAGACGUACUGAAGACGCCUGUGUGGUCAGAUGUUCAAAUCAAGUUGACUGUGUUCCAACGACCAUUGGUCGCCACCGACAUCGAUGAGGCCCAUGCUACAAUCGUUGGCAAUGCCCUGCAAACGCUGCGUCAGGUUGUCAAGGACAAGGAUGAGACUUGGUUCCUCGCACACAUGGCGCAACUGCAACGCCUGCUGGAGAAGUCAAUCGCCAGUAGCGAUCCGGCGUUAUUGGAGUAUGCUAGGCCCAUCCUAGAGAAAGCUUUCCAGGUCAUCCCUGACAAUCCACCAAGUGACGAAGAUGCAGAAGGCGAUGAAGACGGCGAAAUCGGAGCAACUGCGGGUACAUCGCCUCCGACCGAAAACGGGCCCCGCGACGACGCAAGCGCCUUCCGCCUCCUUGCCGAGACAGCUAUUGCAGAAGGUCUGAGAACGUCGACGAAUUUGUAUUCAGUGUUUGUCUUGCUCGCCACAUGGAGCCAACGAAAGCCAGACAUUAUCGAGGCGCACCUGCAAGGCUUGGUCAAGGCUUUGACCAAGUUGACCAAGGAGCACCUUGCUGCGACAGAAACAGUGCAGCCAACGGACCCUGGACUAAAAUUGCUCAUGAUGGUCCUUGAGCUCUUGCGAAUCAGGAUUUCAACACUGGGCGAACAGCGAAGGUGGUUUCUCAGUGCGGUGGUACAGCUCGUUGAAAGGUCGCGAAGCCUGGAACUGUGUCGAUUCUUGCUUGACAUGAUGAGCAAGUGGACACUUGAGCAGAAGGAGGCCUUCCCGACCAUCAAGGAGAAAGCUGGCAUUCUAGUGAAGAUGAUGAGCUUCGGAACUCGCGACAACGACCCGCUUCUUCGCGACUAUUUAGAGCUGAUCCACUCAAUCUACGAGAACCCCGCGUUCGCUCGGUCCGAACUGACUGUACGCCUGGAAAAUGCUUUCUUGAUGGGAUGCAAGCACAAGGAUCCGCUUCUGCGGCAGCGCUUCAUUUCCAUCUUUGACCGCACUCUGGUCAAGCCAAUCCACGGUCGUCUGCAAUAUCUGCUGGGCAGCCAAAGCUGGGAAUCUCUAGCAGAGUACUAUUGGAUGUCCCAAAUCUUGGAUCUUACUCUAGGGUCGAUUUCGAAAGAUCGUUCCCUUUUGAGCGGCAGCGGGAUCCGCGGCGACUCGACAUACGGAUCUCUCACUAAGUCAUUCACCGUUGGUAGCAUCAUUCGCCCAGUUCGCGCGCUCCUCUACACGGACUCCCACGCCGCUCAUGGUCUGUGGGUGUUGUUCUUCAAAGCUGCCUGGCGGACUCUGCCACGAAAGCACCAGGAAGAGCUCUCCCGUGCUCUUGUGGGAUUGCUGAGUCGCGAGUACCACAUCCAGCAGGCUUCCGCCCGCCCAAACAUUGUCCAGACGCUCAUCACCGGCGCCUUGGCGUGUGCACCGCAGCCGGAAUUGCCUCCUCACGUUGUGAAGUACCUCGGAAGGACAUUCAAUGUGUGGCACAGCUCAGCCGAAGUUCUGCAAGACCUCCUUGCCUCGUUACCUCAGGACGACGAUUCGGUCCGCGAAGCCACACAGGACGCACUCGCUGAGCUUUAUUCGGAGCUCUCCGAGGACGACAUGUUUUACGGCCUCUGGAGGCGUCGUUGUGUCUAUGCUGAAACCAAUGCAGCUAUCUCCUUCGAGCAGAACGGCAUGUGGGCUCAAGCACAGGUCAUGUAUGAGCAGGCCCAGAUCAAGGCCCGUGCUGGUGUGCUUAACUUCACCGAAGCAGAGUAUAGCCUGUGGGAGGACCACUGGGUACUGUGCGCGCAAAAGCUUCAGCAGUGGGAUGUGCUCACCGAGCUUGCAAAGUUGGAGGGCGACCAUGACAUGCUGCUGGAAUGCGCCUGGAGGCUGUCCGACUGGACAGUUGAACGGGAAAUUCUGGAGCAGGCACUCGACAGCCUCUCGGUCUCUGCAACGCCAAGGCGAAGGGUAUUUGAAGCAUACAUGGCCCUCCUGAAGUCACACUCCGGGCAAGACAAGCUCAGCGAAUUUGGCCGUAUCUGCGACGAGGCUAUCCAGCUCACCUUGCGAAAGUGGCAUUCACUUCCUGCACAAGUGACGCAAGCUCACGUCCCGCUCCUGCAGGUCUUCCAACAGUUCGUCGAAUUGCAAGAGGCAAGCACGGUCUUCAGCAGCUUGGCGGUGACCAAUGCUACGAAUCUAGAUCAACGUUCAGCCGAGCUAAAGACACUGAUGCAAACCUGGCGUGAGCGCCUGCCAAAUUUGUGGGAUGACAUCAAUGCUUGGAGUGAUUUGGUUGCUUGGCGGCAGCACGUCUUUGGCGCAGUGAAUCGAGCAUAUCUGCCGCUGGUACCCUUGAUUCAGCAGCAAAGCGGAGCUGCGGGUUCAUCCACCAACUCUUACGCGUACAGGGGGUAUCACGAGACAGCCUGGAUCAUCAACAGGUUUGCGCACGUUGCUCGCAAGCACUAUCUGAAUGAUGUCUGCAUCAGCUCUCUCACUAAGAUCUACACGCUGCCAAACAUCGAGAUCCAAGAGGCCUUCCUCAAGCUUCGAGAACAAGCCAAAAGCCACUUCCAGCAGAACAACCCCAACGAGCUUGCGCAGGGCCUGGAGGUCAUCAACAACACGAAUCUCAUGUUCUUCGGUGCUCCGCAGAAAGCCGAAUUCUUCACGCUCAAAGGCAUGUUCAUGGCCAAACUGGGCCUUACCGAAGAAGCAAACUCCGCCUUCUCCACAGCAAUCCAAAUGGAUUUGUACGUGGCAAAAGCCUGGACAGAAUGGGGUCGUUUCAAUGAUCGCACCUUCCGGGACAAGCCAGGGGACACUUUUUGCGCGGUCAAUGCUGUCAGCUGCUACUUGCAAGCGGCUGGCCUCUACAAGAACUCGAAAGUGCGCAAAAUCCUCAUCCGCGUUCUUUGGCUUCUUGGCUGCGACGACGCUAGCGGCAACGUCAACCUCGCGAUUGAAACAUUCCGAGGCGACACUCCAAUCUGGUACUGGAUCACCUUCAUCCCUCAACUUCUUCAAGCUCUCUCUCAUAAGGAGUCUCGCUACGCAAGGCGGUUGCUGCUCCAGAUAGCCAAAGCAUUCCCUCAGUCUCUGUACUUUUACUUGCGCACGAGCAAAGAAGACUUUGCAGUGAUUAAACGAUCGACGCUGAUGCAGGCACAACGAGCAGCCGCGCAAGCACGUCAGCAGCAGGAGCAGCAGAAUAAAGAGCAACAGAACAAGGCUGAAAAGAGCAAGGUGCCCGACCCCCAGCCAGCGCAAUCGCAAAAUGGGACAGCAGACGGCACAAAAAAGGACGUCGCUAGUAGCGCCGCGUCCACAGCCACGGAUAGGAAAGCUGCAGAUUCACAAGGGGCGAACAAGGGGGGUGAUUCAGGCUCUGCUUCGCAGAGUAAUGCUCCAUCAAACGGCCAGAAAGCUGCGGGUAGUGCUGAAGCCAAGGAGCAGCCUGCACAAAGUGAAGCGGCCAAGAGCGAAACCAGUUCUAACUCCGCCAAUGGUGCAAAUCAGUCCAAUUCCGCAUCCGGUGCGAAUGGCCAGAAUACAGUCUCGAUGAGCAGUGCCAGCACGCCGCAGCCUGCAUCCUCACGACAGCCAUGGGAGUACGUCGAUGAGACACUACAAGUCUUAAAAACUUCUUUCCCGCUGCUGGCCUUAACGAUGGAGAACAUGGCGGAGCAGAUACAGCAGCGCUUCAAGCCGAGCAAUGACGAGGACAUUUACCGUCUGACUACGGCUCUCCUGAAUGAUGCCUUGCAGCAGUACAUCGCAAGGGCCACCCUCCCGAAUGACUCAGGUCAGCUGCCAAAGGUGUCGGUAGAUAACGUUAUUCGUUUCGCCGAAAAUUUGCCACCUGGCAAUCUCAAGCAGUCCUUCGAGGAAGACUUUGUCAAGAGCAAGCCGACGCUGCGUGAUUACGUGCAAAAGCUUCAAAGGUGGCGCGACCGUUACGAGGAAGUGCUCGACAAGAGAACUUCCAAGCAACAUUUGGAGCAUUGCAGUCACUUCCUGGUGGAGUUCCAACAUCAGAAGUUCGACGACAUCGAAGUGCCAGGGCAAUACCUCAAGCUCGAGGACAACAAUUCGGAUUUCGUCAAGAUUGCACGCUUUGAGCCGACCUUUGAGCUCAUUCGCUCCAGCGGAAUCUGCACGCGUCGCAUCACGAUCUUGAGUCACAAGGGCAGUCUGCAUUCCUUCGCUAUUCAGCUGCCAUCCGCGCGUUAUUGUCGUCGAGAGGAGCGCAUAUUGCAACUCUUGCGCUGCCUUAAUCGUGUGCUCGAGAAGCGAAAGGAAACCCGUCGCCGUGGGCUUCUCUUCAACACCCCAGCUGCGAUUCCCUUCUCGCCUCAACUCCGUCUUCUCGAGAGCGACUGCUCAUUGCUCAGUCUUCAAGACAUCUACGAGCGCCAUUGCGAAGACUUUGGCAUGGGCAAAGACGAUCCGAUCAUGGCGUGGGCCGAAAAAAUGCGCUCUACAUGGAGUGCUGGCAAAUCGAUGGUCGAGUUCACCAACCUACGCAUGGAACUAUUAGACGAGAUCAGCACCAAGAUGGUCCCCGAGACGGUGCUGACUCGCUUCAUGAUACGGUCGAUGAAGUCACCAUCCGACCUUUGGCUCAUGCGCAAGCACUUCACACUGCAGAUGGCCUCCGCUAUGUUCCUCACCUACGUUCUCUUUGUCUCUUCACGCCUGCCCAGCCGCAUCCACAUCUCUCGCGCAUCAGGCGCGGUGGUUAUGUCAGAUCUUGUGCCGACCUUGAAUCCUAGCGCGCCCCAAUUCAAGUCGCCGGAUGCAACUCCCUUCCGCUUGACGCCAAACAUCCAGCACUUUAUUGGUCCUAUCGGCAUCGAGGGUCUCCUAACCGCGUCUUUGGUUGCCAUUGGCAGGACGUUGUCCGAACCCGAGAGGGAGUUCGAGGAGUACCUUUCGAUAUUUGUGCGGGACGAGAUCAAUUUCUGGCUCGCAGGCAUGCAGCGCCAGCCACCUGGAAGUCCCAAUGUGACUGAUGCACCGCGAGAGGUCGUCUACCAGAACAUUCUUGAGGUUGUCAAACGUGGAAGACUUCUUUCGUGCAAGUACGAGAUUGAAAAAAACACGCAGCAUGGCCCGAGCACCACACCUGUAUCUCAGACAGUGCUUGACCUCAUCAAUUCAGCUAGUAAUCCAAGCAAGCUGGCGCUACAGGAGCCAAAUUGGGCCGCAUGGCUGUAGGGAAUAUUCUCAAUUGACGUGUAUUAUAUACAAAGAUCAAGUUAGAGCUUC